GAGAGAGAGAGAGAGAGAGAGUCUGAACAAGUACACAGCUAUAAAGCGCUCCGUUCGCUCUUACCAGAAGUAUUUUUCUUUUUUAUAAUUCGCCAAUUGAGCGUUCACUACUUACUACUGCAAUUUAAGACCAGAUGAAAAGGAUGACUGGCUUUUCUGUACUGGAAUCUCACUGUUUUUCGUUUUGCCUGGACAUCGUAUGGUUACCUGUAUCUGGACUUGGGAAAAGAGUGUGGUGAUGAUGGGAGAUAUAUUUGCCGACCAGAAGAGCCCCUCUGCGGUGCUCACUGCUUGAGUGCGUAAGUAGUAUUUGCUGUGUGGAUUGCACUAAAAUGAAGUUUGGAAGCGGCACUUGCAUUCUGAAUGUGGGUGGCAUCAAGUAUGCGUUCCCCAGAGAUGUGAUCAAGGAUUUCCCUCUCAGGAGAGUCAGUCGGCUCCACGGCUGCGUGUCGGAGAAAGAGGUGCUGGAAGUGUGCGAUGACUACGACCGGGAGAGGAACGAGUUUUUCUUUGACCGGCACUCGGAAGCUUUCGGCUUUAUCAUGCUCUAUGUCAAGUACGGCAAGCUCCGCUUCGCCCCGCAGAUGUGCGAGCUGGCCUUCUACAACGAGAUGAUCUACUGGGGGCUGGAAAGUGCGCACCUGGAGUUCUGCUGCCAAAGGCGACUGGACGACAGGAUGUCCGAGACUUACACCUACUACUCAGAGGAGGACACGAAAACAGAGGACGAGCUGAGAGUGGAGGAAGAGGGCGAGCACCCGGCGGGACGGGGAAGAAGGAGCGCAAAGUGGCUGGAGAGGAUGCGGAGGACUUUUGAGGAACCCAUGUCCUCCAUAGCCGCGCAGAUUCUGGCCUCAGUGUCGGUAAUAUUUGUAAUUGUGUCCAUGGUGAUCCUAUGUGCCAGCACGCUGCCAGACUGGAAAACUGCAGAGAACAGAAGCGUGGACGAGCACAGGUACACAGAGCACUUAACGGAUCACUCCGGGAUAAUCGAGGCGGUGUGCAUUGGCUGGUUCACGGCGGAAUGCAUCGUGCGCUUCAUCGUGUCGAAGGACAAGUGCAAGUUCAUGCGACGGCCCCUGAACAUCAUCGACAUGCUGGCUAUCACCCCGUACUACAUCUCCGUGUUGAUGACGGGGCUGACCGGCGAGAACUCGCAGCUGCAGCGGGCCGGGGUGACCCUGCGCGUGCUCCGCAUGAUGAGGAUCUUUUGGCUCAUCAAGCUGGCCCGCCACUUCCUGGGGCUGCAGACUCUGGGGUUGACUCUGAAGCGCUGCUACCGUGAGAUGGUCAUGCUACUGGUCUUCAUCUGCGUGGCCAUGGUCAUCUUCGGGGCUCUGUCCCAGCUGCUGGAGCAUGGGCUGGACCUGGACAUGGGCAACGAGGACUACGCCAGCAUCCCCGCUGCCUGCUGGUGGGUUAUUAUCUCCAUGACCACCGUUGGCUAUGGAGACAUGUACCCCAUCACCAUGCCCGGGAGAGUGCUGGGAGGGGUCUGUGUGGUCAGUGGCAUUGUCCUGCUGGCGCUGCCCAUCACUUUCAUCUACCACAGCUUCGUCCAGUGCUACCAAGAACUCAAGUGCCGCUCCGCGCGCUGCGGCAGGAGCCUGUCUGCAGAGCUCUUAAACUGACCCUGAUGCUCCCCUACCCCUCAGAGGAGCCUGUCUGCAGAGCUCUUAGACUGACCCUGAUGCUCCCCUACCCCUCAGAGGAGCCUGUCUGCAGAGCUCUUAGACUGACCCUGAUGCUCCCCUACCCCUCAGAGGAGCCUGUCUGCAGAGCUCUUAAACUGACCCUGAUGCUCCCCUACCCCUCAGAGGAGCCACAAUCAAAGUGGGUGCCGGAUUUCAUUUAAAAGAGACAAUGGAUUUGUCUUUCCAAGGAUGCUUCUGUAGUGUCUCUGUUUUUGUGGGGUGGGGGUUUAGGAAUGGGAAGUAAAGACUCACUUACUAUGUUUGGAAUCUCCUUCGGAAAUCAGUAGUCUAACUGUUCAGCUAACAGCAGGAAUGGAAGACUACUAGAGAGUGAAUCUGAUAGAGUUUCCUCACAGCCGUUUAAACCAUAUAGAGUUUUACACCAUAUUUAUUUACUAUGAAUAUAUACAAUAUAUUUUGGGAUUUAAUCAAAUGUAAUAAAUAGCAACACCUACAAACUUUGUCUCAAGAGAAGGCUAUUGGCUUGAAUCGCUAAGCUUCUGCUCCAAAGCACAAUGCAAUGUUACUGCAAAUAUCAUUUGGAUGAAAACUCUCAAUCUGGUUGGCUAAAACACAGUGCAUAAUCCUAAAUAACCUGUGUGACAUUUUCUCAAUAGAAGCUGGAGGAGCAGAGUGAAUAUCAGCUCAUCUGGGCACUGUGCACUGCUGCUGUGGAAUAACCUUUCAGCAUCUACACAUGGAACCCCUCCACCAGACUUGAGGGGCUAUACCCAGCAGCUACACUGAGAUGAAUUACCAGCACUGCUCUGUGGGCCAAGAACAUUUUAACUCUUCCAUGUCGCCUUUACCUUUCUCAUUGUCUAGUUGUUCCACGGCAGCAGUGCAAAGUGGUCAAGUGCCUUCAUAAUCACCCAGUGUGCAAUAUCCUUACACACCACAAAACAAAACCUUAGAUACAACAAAGAAAAUUCUAUCUGCUGUGUCCAUGACGUACCAAAGCAAUAAUAUUCAACAUCUGGAGCGAGCAGAAUUAUGGGGCAGCAAACAUCUGGCGAUUCUCUCUGCUGGGAAUGAUUGCUUUGGUUUUGAGAGAGGCGAUUACAGGACGUUACCGGACUGCUCUGUGAUUCAGCUCAUUGCAGAUGUGGAGGGUACUACUGCUAUUAAAUGUCAAUGUGAUGUAUUUGAGGUUUCACUGUUCUCCUUGUGGUCUGAAGCCCAGGUAUUGCUUCCAGCUUCUGUGUGUGAUGAGACGUCAGGUAGGUUGCAAGGAAUUACGCAGUAGCUUUGAGCCAAUCAGAUUUCGAGUUUUCGGUCCAGUGACAUAACAUGCUUUCCUCACCCUUGAAAUAUAAAUAUAUACAUAUAUCUGAAUUCCACUCUGAAGAGCUGUGGCUUCUCUGCACAUUGAGAGUCAAGCCAGCGACUGGACUGUACUCAACAAAGACAUCAGCAGGAGUCACUGGCAGUCCAGGGACCAAGAGCUGCUUGUUCUGGUUUGAUUAAGAAAAGAGUGUUGGAGUCUAAUCAACGGAUCUAAGCAGCAGCACGUCUGAUCCCUCUGUGAAAAAAAAUGUCUCAUAACAGUACAGUAAACCUGGACUGAGUGUCUCCAAACCUCCUACUGCAUGUUACAGAAAGUACGAAGCCAGUAAAUGUGCCUGUCCCAGGAAACCAGCACGUCUUGCUACUUCCAGGAAGAAGAGCAUGGCAUUGGUGGACAAGGGACAAGGGACAUGCUUGUUAUUUAUUUAUUUAUAUUUAUUAGUGUUAGUUGAUUGAAUCCACCCCCAUGACUGAUUAUCUAAUUGGAAGGGUGUGAAGGAGGCUCCAGUCAUUGUGUUAGUUAGUUUGUUUCAUAAUGCUGUACAUACAAGGGCAGAAACCCAUUCUUUAAGUCAAAGAUCACACUCUGUCUGAAUCCAAGUUAAUAGAGUAUCGACAUGCUUCAAUGUGUUUAUUAGUUAAUAAACAGUGUUAUUUUCUAAGGGUUGAGAUGGUACUUUAAUGUUAAGGCCUCCAUUUUUGUACUUUAAUAACUUCGACCCCGUUCAAUUGAUUUGCACGAAAAUAUUGCAUGUGUGAUGUUAUGGUUAGAUCUCUUGACAUGGCCCAUUUCGUGUGAUGUCAUGGGUUAGAUCUCUUGUCAUGGCCCAUUUCGUGUAAUGUCAUGGGUUAGAUCUCUUGUCAUGGCCCAUUUCAUGUGAUGUCAUGGGUUAGAUCUCUUGUCAUGGCCUAUUUCAUGUGAUGUCAUGGGUUAGAUCUCUUGUCAUGGCCCAUUUCGUGUGAUGUCAUGGGUUAAAUCUCUUGACACGGCCCAUUUCGUUCCGCUCAGAUGGUCGGAUUCCGAGAUCCGGAUCAUGAGAAAAUGUAGAAAAUCAGGGUUGAGUUAUCUAUACCCUGCUUUCUGACUGUGUUGAUUGAAAUCUGAAUAUUGACUGUGAACCAUUCUGUAUGUGAAUACAGAUGUCAUUCAGUUGUAAACAAUAUGGCACUUGGAUUUUCAUCAAAACAGUCUGAAACUUAGGUAAAGAUGUAAGUCUUUGUCGAGCCUGUGACCUCAUGAUGACCCAUUACAAGCUGUGCAUGAAAACGCACCUUGAUCAGUGGAGCCGCUUUGCAGCGCGUUCUAAACAGAAUCCAGAUCCUCUUGGAUCCCAUAUGCUAGAAAGAAAAUGCAUGUAAAUCCAGCUAAUUAAAACGUGCUGAUGAGAGGAAAUCUGCAACCUGCAAAAAACAAAACAAAAAAAACAAGCUGCUCAAGGAAAGUGUCAGUUAGUUAACCUGUGUGAUUCAUCAGGGGCCAUUCCUUCAUCAGUAAUCAGUUAUUAUGGAUGUUCUUGUUGUUACUGCAUCUUGUACAUCGCUUUGUGAUGGUGGUCCACUAUGAAAGGCGCUAUAUAAAAUAAAGAUUGAUUGAUUGAUUGAUAAACAUGUUACACUGCAGCUGGUCAAUAAAGAAAAGGUUUCCCCGCUGAGGGUUACACACUAACCACGUCUGACUAAUAACCAUUCAGGAGACUCAUCACAUGUUUAGCUAUUUUCCUGUUGGUGUUUAUAACUAAUUAACCUAUUUGUUUCCUAGACCGAGGUUGAACCGCCUGUUACAAUGCUUUAAACUGUGGACACUAAACCAGAAGGGAUCUGAGAUGUAUUCAACGUGGUGGGGCUGAAUGAUGAUGCUGCUGUGUUAUAAUAAUGUUGUAACACUCUGCAAUACACAUGCAUAUAUAAAACCACACUUUUAAACUGAUUAGCACCGAUAACGAUAGUGAAGUUUAGGACUCUUCAAUGGUCCUGCUAUUACUGCUAUUACAGACUGGGGUGCAGGGGUGCAUGGCUCUGGAAGCUCUUUCAGGAUGACCUUUUACACCGACAAUCCAGUCAGGCAAAUGUGCAAACGCUGCCUUCCGGAACACUAAUUAACUUUCUUCAUUUACAAGCUCUGUCAGCGUCAUCUGGCCAUAAUGUAUUCAGUGAGGCUGAACGGAGAGCUAGAACGAGAUAUUCAGCUUUCUGCUACCUCAGUCUGGGCCUGUUUCAAGCAAGGGCCUUUCUAUAAAGCAUUAGCAUGCUAGGAACCUUACAAGAGGUUACUGCAGUGCACCAUGGGAUAGCAAAGUGCGGUCAAGCAGAGAAGGGGUUAGCAUGCUAGGAACCUUACAAGAGGUUACUGCAAUGCACCAUGGGAUAGUUAAGUGUGGUCAAGCAGUGGUAAGCGUGGUAAAUCACAGAAAAGUAUGGUAAAGCCUGGUAAAGGAUGGUUAAUAACAUGGGGAUUAUCAUGCUAAAACUUUAUAAGGGGACCAGUGAAUAAUAGUCUACCUGCUAAUACUUUAGAAAUAGGCUCCAACAUUUCAGGCAAAAAGAUCUCUGUUAUUUUGACUUUUUACAGAAUUGAAUGAAGUAAAAAAACGAUUAAUAUUAUGCAAUUAUUCAGAAACAACUUCUGAACACACAAGGAUUUAAGAACCCUUAAAUUACAAUUCUGAAUAUUUCUACCAUUUCUAGAGUAUUAAAACACUCUAUGUCAAGGUUAUAAAGGUUGUGAUCCAGUGAAAAGAUUCCUAUGUCACUCAAAACAAAUCCAUAUUGCAGAUUGUAUUGCUUCCCAUUUUCAACGUUUUGUUCCAUUGACAGCCUGUUUGCUCCUCUGGAACUUGCAUGGGAGCCAAAUAUUAGUGCACGUGGCCCUUGAAAGUGUUUAUAUUACUGCAUUAUUGUCUACCCUGCUUGUAUUACUGCAUUGCACUGUACUGUAAGACAGAGUCAAUUAGCAUUGGCAUUCCCCUCCCGUUACCUUUGAACUGUUCAUACAAGCCAGCUAGAGGGGGAUUCAAUCAAAACAAAUACAGCACCACUUUAUGACUCAUGUUAUUUCCAUUCUAUAGCGAUAUUCAAUCCAAGUGCUAGACACAGGAGGACACAUACCCUUGCCAAAGCAAGAAAUGUGCUGUCAUUUGAUAAGCCCUUAAUUGAGAACAGAUUUAAUGUAGGACACCCCUUAGCAGUAUCUGAUUGAAUACCGGCACAGAACAGGGGGUUAUAUAGCAGCGCUGUCAGUUUUGAUUGAAUCCCCCCUAAGUAGCAAUGCUGUCUCUCUUAAGUGUUACAAACAAACAGAGCAUAUAUACAAUGCACAUGGGCAUAUAUGUACAGCCUGUCUUCAUUUUAAACCCUGUGCUCAUUACUUCCAUAUGAGUUCCCAUCAUUCUUAAAGUGACCCUGUCAUUUGAACUGUGUCUAUUCUUGUACUGCAGAGCACGGGCUCAUCCUGUUCCAUCGUCCAUUUCUUUAGAAGACAGAUUUUCUGCUGGGAUUCAACUAAAAUAGAAGCAAUCAAUUAUGCAAAAGCCCUUCAGUUUAAUUCAGCUUUGCUUCUACAGAGAAAAAAAGAAUGAUACUGUUCCAUGAGGAUUAUUAAUUUAACAGAGUGGUUUUAAACAUUGGGCUGGAGUUGGAUUUAUAUUAAAAAAAACAACAAAAAAAACAGUGCAUAUUUGCCUGAUCUACGGUGAUAUACUAAAGAAGGAUGGCACUGUAUAGAAUUGAUCUCAAUUACAGGAUGAAAUCUAGCCAGGAGGGAUACACUGGCGGUCUGAUACAGUGCUGUAUUUUCGGAUUGAAUCACAAUAAGAACAAUUCAGAUAUCUGACUGUCAGAUUGCUCAUGGAGCAACAGCAGAGGAUGGAAAGGAAGCCUUCACUCAAUGCACUGUACAGUAUGCAUCAUGUUCUUUCUCUUUCAAACAUGUUUUAAGAUGUGCAAUGCAGCAGCUGUAAUACUGUAUUUGUGUCAGAACAAAGCUCUCUGUUGUUUCAUCUAACUAAUGUGUUCACAUUGCAGUGAUUAUCCUUUCUAGACUAAAUCAUGAUUCAGAGUUUAAACAGCUGGCGACUCUUCGUGUUAAAUCUAGACGUUAUUUUAGGACAAUGGGAUUAAAUAUCUAUUCUGUAAAUGUGACUGCCAUUUCAGCAGAAUUCUUUUGUUCAUUAGGAAAUAAAAACACAAGUUUAUAGUUUUAAUUGUAUAAACAUCUAUUUUAUAUAUUGCUUAUGUUUCCAGAUAGAAUGUCUCUAUGGCUUAUAUACUUGAAAAUUAAUAAAAAUGUUGCU